UUCCCACUGAAAAUGUUCACAUGAACCGUAAGCUGAAGUUGUCUUGACGAACUGUUUCACUGAGUAUUACUGUCACGCUGACAGAUGCAGCCCAACUUGUUCCUUUAUUUCAAUCCACGGCAGUCGACAAACACAACCGACUCCAAUACCUUGACACAAUCUACUACUACUGCCUCGGACACACCCACGCUAACCGCCAGUAACAGUCAGGUGCGUGUCUUGGCUGCGGACCGGGAGACCAACCACAAUUUUUCCUAUACGCUGUUAUCAUCUUGCGCAGCAAUAUUUAUCUCUCAAUGCAGAUAUCCACGAUAACGUCGACUGUACUGUCACCCAGCCAGCCUGGUAGCUCCCAGGCUACCAGCAAUAGUUCCCCGUCAAGCAGCCCUACAACAUCCUCUUCUAAUGACGGUACUACAACUUCUUCUGAUGUCACAACGUCAUCUCAGUCUACGUUAACAGCAUCCACAUCGCUCGUUUCAUCUACAAGUUCAGAAACUUCGAGUUCAUCUCAGCCACCUACUUCCACAACCUCAUCUGUAUCAUCCCCAUCCUAUAUCUCAGCCUCGGCUCCAGCACCGACCAGUGCUACCAGCACCAGCACCACUACCACCACUAGCACUACCACCACCACUCCAUCACCAUCGCCAUCACCUACUCAAAACAACCCGACUUCAACGACUUCAACUUUCACAAAUGGAGGCCAGACGACGUCGACAAUCACUUCAUCUUUUGUGACAGUCAUAGGUUCAUCCACCAUAACAUCUGUCACUUUCAUUCCUACGGUCAUCAGUACAGCCUCAACUACCACUACAGGCGCAACCGAUCGCACUGCCAUUAUCGCUGGCUCCGUGAUCGGUGGAGGCCUAUUCCUCAUCAUUGGUCUCUCUGUAUUUUUUUACCGCCAACGUCAACGCUUUAAACACUUCCACUUCCUCGACUCUAUCAACGUGCGUAGACGACAAGCCCAUGUCAGAGCAACAAUGCUUGCAGGAGAGGACCUCGAGGACGUUGAUCCCGCACGUCCGCCUCCAGGAAGAUACUCUGAUUAUGAUACCCCCUGGGAUCCGCGCGAUAGUUCAGGAUCACCCAAUCAUCCCGAACGUCGCACGCUUAUGGGUCACAUGGUACCGGGUGGGGACAUUGACUUGAGCAACAUCAUCAACGACGUCAUGGGCCCUUCAGCGUCAGGCGUGCACUACUCACAACAUUCCCUAUCGUCUUCCUAUCACGACUUCUCAGGGCAUGAAUCCGCGCCUCAAACUAGAGAGAGAUCUAACACAUCGCAAACUGCAUUAUUAGAAGCUGCAGGGCUGAGCAUCACAGGAGGCCCUAGCAUGGAUCCUACACGACCUAGCCCACUUGGGAACAAUGAUCCUGUUACUGUUGUUACAGGUGGCGGCAAUGCCUUGUGACGAUGAUGUCCCAUCUAUAUCUUUCCACCUGUUGUACAGCAUGUAACGUGCUGUGAUCAAGUUGGGUAUACGGAGCCCCUUGCAUCUGUAGCGAGCUGAUCGGCCAAUUCUACAUGGCCCGAUCUAACUAUCAAAUGACUGUUCUUUAUGUGCUGAUCUUUGUCCCUACGUAAUUCUUGUUGUUUCACUUUAUUGCAUAUAUAUACAUUACUUACUACUGCUGUGGUCGUUCAUUUUUUUGAUUGAUCACCAGUGGACAUGGAUAUUUGUAGGGGAAUUAUCACGGACUUUUCGCGGACCUCACUAUUACACUCCUAGCGAUAUUACUGGUGGUAGAUGCUGCUAAUCAUGCAUUUUGAUUCUCAACUCAU